AUGAAAGAGAGGACCGCCGCGUCCUUGGUUGCGGAACUCGCGAGAUGGCGAUCAGACGACGCUGAUCAACUCUCGCAGCCGCGGGUCGUCUGGUGGAAUGCGCAACCGCGGCUCGCCGAGCCCGCAGUAAAGUACCUGUCCGGCCAGCUCCUCGGCCUAUCCAUUCACUUUAUUAUUAUUCUCCGGUACCGUAGAAGUGUUGAUCGUCUUUUAGUAGUCUUGCGCAAGGUUAUCCUCACUUUUGUGCGUUCAUGUAUCUAUAUCGCCAUUCGCGCAAGAUAUUUUAUUUCACGUCCUUAUAUUCUCAACCGAUGUUGUUUUCUCCUCUUUAUCGAACGAGCAGAAAUGGAUAAAAAAGUUACUUUUGUUUUUAUGGCUUUAUGGCAGUUCGUUGUUCAUAGCAAGGUCUACGUAACUUCCACGGAAAAUUUUCGAAUCGCUUAUUUUUUGUGUGAGGAUAUGUACCAGACGCAUUCACUUCGUCACAUCAUACUUUCAAGUGUUAAGAAUAAUAUUUUCUUGUUCUUUCGCAAGUUCUGAUCCUUCAAAUAUUUCAGAACGGAUCUUGUUUUUGGUUCUUUACCAAUUCAAAAAUAUUUAUAAUCAUGAUUCUAGCACAGCUUGAAGAAAGGCAGCGAAUGAAUUCGGACAUGAGAGUCUGAGCGUUUUUGGCAAGAAUGGAGCCAAUGGACGGGAAGUAUUUACCGAGUUGUCAAUCAAACGGACUGGCAAGCCGGCUUGUUACCAACCUUAUUGCUUUUCUUACCGUAUCGCCGCGUUUCUAGAUUUCCUCACUCUUCUUUAGAUAAAACUUGUACGAUAAAACCGUCGUACUAACGCAAUUGAUCUAACUGCUCGCCCAGAUAAACCUAAAUUUUCGAACCAAAAUUGAGCCAGCGAUUCAUAUGGUAGAGUCCUGCAACGAUUAGAGUUGCGUAACAAGGCGCCAGUGAUGGAUCACUCGAUUCACGUCAUUAUAUCUCCGCCUGUUCCUUUUUUUUUCUAAACACAUUUUCGAAGGUCAGUUAUCUGGACGAGUUCGUUUCAAAGUCUGAACGACUUGAGGACAUCGGAAUAAAUAUUAGAUUCCAUUAGUAAACGCAGUUUUUGAAGAGUCUGACUUGGCUUUCAAGUUGCGCAGAGCCUGUCCGUUUUUGCGCCGGUUCUCGUUUCUAUCACAAUAAAGACUAACUUCUGUUGAAAGUUUCCUUUGCUCACUCAUAGUUCCUAUACCAAAUUAAGCUCCCCUAAGGUAUUUAAAGGAUCCUUUUUUAGUUGUUUCAAAGGCUGAAAAGGUUUCAGUUCAUAUUCUUUUCGUUGAAACUUUUUUCUAAAAGCUCCAUAUCAUCCUUCUACCACAAAAUUUCAAGAACCGAACUCAAAGUUUUAGAGUCAGGUCUAAGAUAUGAAAAAGGUUAACGGUCUGCAUAUCAUGAAAGAACCUUGUAAUAAUCCUAAAAAUGUUUGUUUUGUGUUCAAACAGGUUACACAAAAAAAUUCUAGGUCAAAGCUAUGCCAUCAGCCUUUCCAAAAUUUUUCUCCAUUGAAAUUAUCAAUUAUUUGGACAAUAUAAACCCUACUGCAAACGUAUCAAUGCACGAACAAUGAAAAAAAAACAACUAAAUUUCAAAUUGAAGCUUUUUAGGAAAUAGACAUCAGCGCGGAAGUUUCCUCUUAAUAGAAAAGUUGUCGCCCAACACAGUACCCGCGUAAGACAAACAAUGGGGACCUGGCGCGGAUCGGGACAGCUUACCACGUUGAAUAUCCUUCCGGAUGCACUUGGCUCCCACGACGCCGUCGCUUUUUGCCUCCUGAAGCGGAGUCUACCGUAGCCGGACGAAUACUGCUUCAAUCCAAUUCCCAGGAGCCGCCGAUAGAAUCUUAUUAUGGGUUGCUCUAUUCGCGAGCACGGCUCCUUUCCUGGCAGAGAAGAGGCUCCCAGAUUUUCCGUCUUCACACCAGAUAUUAUCUCGCCGACCAGCCAAUUAUUGUUUCAAGCGGAUCAUUCAGAUUCAUCCUGAGAUCUUCUUCGGUUUAA